AAAUAUUGUAUAUAAAAAUAUUAAGUGACAUUGAAUUUUCAAGCACAAUUUUCGAUGUUAAAAGCUAUCGAUGUUCGAAGAACUCAUCUUUUAGAUGACAUUUCGUUAGAUAACCUCUAAAAAAGUGGGGUUAUAUAACAUUGUGAUUGAUUGAUUCUAGUUUAAUUAAACUAGAUUAAUUAAGACUAAAAUACUUGCAUACUACUUAUUUAAAGACUACCUCAAUAAUGUCAAGUACUACCAAAACCACAAAAAAGUGAUAAGCAAAAGUGAGGUUAUGUAAUUUAGAAUAAUGAGCCGAAAUUUCGUUAUUUAAGCGAAUAUUACAAUGUUAUUAACAAAAAUAAAUCGACUGACUACGACUUUAUGUAGUGGUGGUUAUAAAGCACUUUUUCGACCGAGAAAUCAUGAAUUUCACGCCGGCUCCCGACUGUCUCAAAACACGAAAAACUCAAACGAAGCUCAGAAAAAACGCAUACGAUCGACUUUAUACUACGUAACAGCAGCGGGUGUCGUAACGGCUGGUCUCAGUUAUGCCGCAGUGCCCCUUUACCGGCUAUUUUGCCAAGCGUAUAGUUACGGGGGCACAACCCAAUCCGGUCACGACGCCAACAAAGUCGAGACAAUGCCAUCGAUAAAGCAUCGCCUUUUAAAAAUAAAAUUUAACGCCGACACUGCUGCCAGCAUGCGAUGGAACUUCCACCCACAACAAAGCGAAAUUACGGUGCAUCCGGGAGAGACCGCGCUCGCGUUUUACACCGCCAAAAACCCCACAGAUAAGCCUGUGAUUGGGAUCAGCACUUACAACGUUGUGCCGUUCGAAGCCGGUCAGUAUUUCAACAAAAUACAGUGUUUUUGCUUUGAGGAGCAACAGUUGAACCCACAUGAGGAGGUCGACAUGCCUGUGUUUUUUUACAUUGACCCCGAGUUCGUAGACGAUCCUCUGAUGGAAUUUGUCGAUGAAAUUACUUUGUCUUACACGUUUUUUGAGGCAAAAGAGGGGCUGCAGUUACCUGUACCGUCAUUUGUUAAGUAAUUGUUAAAUAAAUUUGUUAGUGCAUGA